AUGCCGUCCCGUGUGGAGGAUUAUGAGGUGUUGUUCACUAUAGGUUCAGGUUCCUAUGGACGAUGCCAGAAAAUAAGACGGAAAUCUGACGGAAAAAUCCUUGUGUGGAAGGAACUGGAUUAUGGCACUAUGGCAGAGAGUGAGAAACAGAUGCUGGUGUCUGAGGUGAACCUCUUGAGGGAGCUCAAGCACCCAAACAUAGUAAGGUACUACGACCGCAUCAUAGACCGGACAAACGCCACGCUGUAUAUUGUCAUGGAGCACUGCGAGGGUGGGGACCUGGCUAGUCUCAUCACCCGAUGCAUCAAGGAGAGACGAUAUUUAGAAGAACAGUUCAUCAUGCGAGUGAUGGCGCAGCUCACCUUAGCCCUGAAGGAGUGCCACAGACGGAGUGACGGCAGGGCCACCGUGCUUCAUCGAGACUUGAAACCAGCUAACAUCUUCCUGGACAUCAAACAGAACGUUAAGCUCGGUGACUUUGGCCUGGCAAGAAUCCUGAACCACGACACCAGCUUCGCAAAGACAUUUGUUGGGACACCUUACUACAUGUCUCCAGAACAAAUAAACAGGAUGUCCUACAACGAGAAGUCAGAUAUUUGGUCACUGGGUUGUUUGCUGUAUGAACUUUGUGCAUUAUCCCCUCCAUUCACUGCUUACAACCAAAAAGAGCUUGCAGAGAGAAUCAGAGAGGGGAAAUUCAGAAGAAUCCCGUACCGAUACUCUGAGGAACUGAACACCCUACUCGCCAAAAUGCUCAACCUGAAGGACUAUUUGCGGCCCUCUGUGGAGUCUAUCCUCCAGAGCAGCCUGUUGGCUGACGCAGUUGCGGAGGAACAGAGGAGGGCACAGACGCGACUUCGACGACAGUCCGCGGGCUCUGACUGUCAUACUCACAAACCUGCUGAACCGAUCGCCACCUCUGCCGCAGAGCUCAGACUUAGAGAACAGGCGCUGCGUGACAGAGAAAAGGCACUGAGGGAACGCGAGGAGAGGCUGGAGCAAAGGGAGCAGGAGCUGUGUGCCCGUGAACGACUCUCCAACGAGAAGCUAGCAAAAGCUGAGAGUUUACUGAAGAAUUACAACCGUGUACAGCAGCAGAGGGACCUGGCUCAGUUCUACACCAAAGACUUAGAUGUGGUGGAGAACCUCUCCCCGGGCAAGAAGAAGGUCCACUUUGCUGGUGAGAGCAAAGAGAACCAGCGGCCUGAUAGCCGCCAGAGUGCAACGUCCCAGGAUCUGAUUUUGAGGAGGCUUCAGGCAGCCAAUCUGCGCGCCCAAACACUGAAAGAAGUGGAGAAAAUGUGUCAGUUCAAGAGCAGGCAGAUCCUCGGCAUCCGCUGAUUGUACAGAUAUCACUACGACUGAAUGUGAAACCUACUGAAUGAUAGCUGGAUGUAAUUUAAGCUUUAUUUAUAUGACAACUGAGUAGUGUUGACAGAAG